AUGGCUGGACCCAUACGACAGAGAGGCCACGUUGCCGUCGUUGGCGCCGGUGUUUCCGGGUUGUUUUACGCCUACUUCCUUACCCGGUUCCGUCCCGAUAUUGCCAUCACUGUGUACGAGCGCCAGGCCCGUCCUGGCGGGUGGAUCCGCUCGGUGGACGUCACCAACAACAGCGACGAUAACUCCAUCAGUACACCUCCGAUCUGCUUCGAAAAAGGUCCCAGAACUCUCAGAGGUGUCUCUAGUGGUACCGUGCUUAUCGUGGACACGUUGCGCCAGCUAGGCAAGCAGGACGAGGUGAUGGUGCUUCCAAAGCAACUGGUGGCUAAUCGCAAGUAUGUGUGGGGAUCCAAAGCCAAUAGACUUGUGCCCGUGCCCAAUUCGAUGAGGGAGCUUAUACCGUUCCUUAAAGGUACGGGUUUGGCCCAGUUAGCGGUGGCAAAGGGGUUCUUGCAAGAACGGAAGAAACCGGUGGAAAAAGACGAUGAAAGUGUUGGCGAUUUCUUUAAACGGAGAUUGGGGACUACGGCCUUGGUGGACAAUGUCCUCUCCGCCGUAUUGCAUGGCAUUUACGCCGGUGACGCCAAUAACUUAUCGGUGAAAGCAUUACUCCCCAAAUUGAAACAGUGGGAAGCCGACUACGGGUCGUUGCUGGCGAUGGCUAAAUCCAAGGUUGGCUUGAAGUUGAAACCGUUUCGGUUGCGUAAACCUCCAGCGCCAUUGAUGCCGGAAGUGAUUGAAUGGUAUAAGGGGAUUGCCGAUACCAAUAUGGAGAAGUUGGCCAAGGAAUUGAAGCAGUACCCGAUGGUAGCGCUUAAACUGGGUCUUGAGACGUUACCCAAGGCCUUAUUUCAGUAUUUAAGCGAGAGACCGCAGGUUAAAUUCGUGUUCAACGCCGAUUUGAAAAGUGUCACUUUGGACGGUAAAGUCGAUGGAAAACAGUACGACCACGUUCGCUUGACCACUAACGCCGAUAGUCUUGCCAAAUUGAUUGAUAAUGCCGAGUUACAAGCGGUAUUCACCCAGUUGAAGAGCGUGGACAUUUUACUUAUAAAUAUCUAUACUGCCGACCCCUGGCUCAUUAACCACCACGGGUUCGGGUUCCUUGUCCCCCGUCUGGCUCAGCCUAACCGUGAAGGUCUUUUAGGCAUUAUAUUCGAUCUGGACGUCGAGCAAAAUGUCCGACCAUUCUUUCCUAAUGCGGAAAAACGCAAUCCCGAGGCUAGCGAUAAAGAUAACGCCAUUAAGCUUUCUCGUGCCACUAAGCCGUACCACAAAAUCACCUUGAUGAUGGGGGGACACUAUUUCACCGGCGCUACCCCGCUGGAGGCGGAAAUACGCCAGCUGGUGUGCCUGGUGCUCACCCGCUACUUGGGCGUCGACUGUGGCGCCCGCCGCUUUGUCUAUGUCGCCGACAAUACCGAUGCCGAGAAAUCGGUGGCCAUCACGCCCACAGACGUCGUCAUCAGCCCCAGUUUCAACCGCCAGUGCAUCCCGCAGUACCACACCGACUACCCCAACCAGCGCCAGUUUGUCCACGAUACGCUUCGCCAGACGAAGAUAUCGAUUGGCGGCAUGGCCUACGGCGGCGGCGUCGGCGUCCCCGACUGUGUGUGGCUGCUGUUUGACGCUGCCGCCGCCCAUAGCUACGCCGAGUGUCCUCAGGAGCCGGUGCUUGUCUCCCAGGAACAGGCCCAGAUCGAGGCGGCGGCAUUUGCUGAGCCCCGAGCCACCACUGCCGCCGACGAUGUCGCCAGCCAGCGCUACUUUGAGUGA